AUGCGUUUCUCCAUCCUCGCAAUCACCCCCCUCAUCGCCUCCGCCUUCGCAUUACCAACCACAAACAACCACAAACCACACUCAACCUCCACCCCAUCCAAUCUCCCCGCCUGCGGACCCACCCCUCAACCCUGUGCUUGUACCGCAGGAACAACCUUUCAAAACUCCACCUCGUUUGCCACCAUCCCCGCCUCCGUGCCCGACCUCCAAGAUGUCAUUGGCGAUUUCCUCAGCACGGCCUGGUUUGGCACCUCGCCCACAACCAUCGACGGCACCGGUUUCAAGGCCGGCGCGCAACGCCAUCUCCUCGGCGGUAUCCCCGGCGCCGGUACCUAUCCCCUCACCGAAGAACUCACCCUCUGGAAACCUUACCCCAAUGACUCGGGUUUCUUCCAGAAAUUCCAAAUGGAGGAUGCGCCUUUCCUUUUCAAUAUGACGGAUGGCACCCCGGGCAUUCUGGGCGGCACUUGGGAUCUUAUGGAUGUGAAUGCGGUUGGAGCGGCAAAUACGACUUGGUUGUGGAAUAUCUAUGCUUGUUUCAGUGUGGAAUUUGACUUCGCGGAGUUUCAUGAGAGUGCCAUGAAGAAUGUUAGUGCUAUUUUGACCGAGCAGGGGAAGAUGAGUGGGGAGAUGAUUGGGCCGUUUUCUUAUUAG